AUGCUUUCUUCGCUGGUCUUCACCUUGUCCGCCCUGACCGUGGUGUCAGCGGCCCCAACGUCUCUCGGUGGAAGACAGGCUGCCUUUGAGGUCACCGAGCAGCAGCCGUGGAAUGCGGGAGCUGUCACUGAGUUUCGUAUUCACCCCAGUUGCAACGCCUCCCAAGCAUUUCAGCUUCGCCAAGGUCUCGACGAUGCGGUAGCACUCGCCCAGCAUGCCAAAGAACACGUCCUGCGCUGGGGGAGCAGCAGUGAGUUCUACCGCAAAUACUUUGGGAAUGCUCCUACACCGGAGGUCAUUGGUGCGUUCGACACCAUUGUCAACGGAAACAAGCAAAAUGCCCUCUUCCGUUGUGAUGACCCGGAUUUGAACUGCCAAAAUAUGCCGACUUGGGCUGGUCACUGGCGAGGCGACAACGCAACUGAGGAGACAGUCAUCUGCCCUACCUCGUUCUUUGAGCGACGCCCUCUUUCCACGCUUUGCGCGAGAGGUUACAAUGUCCGAGAACACUCCCGCCUUCUCUACUGGGGUUCCGACCUGCUCCACCGUCUCUACCACGUGCCCGCAUUUGGCCAGGAAUACAUCGACCAUUACUCCGAGGGAUACGAAGGGAUCAUAGAGUCUGCUGCCAACAACAGUCCAAACAGCACCCAUGAUUCCGACGGCCUGCAGUACUUUGCCCUGGACGUUUACGCGUACGACAUCAUCCUUCCCGGCGAGGGCUGUCCUGGCCCAAGUGGCCCGCCCAGCACGGAGACGAGCUCAGCAUCAGCCCCCUCGCCCACGGAAACGUCCUCUUCUGCCAGUGCUACCAGUACCGCAACAACAACUGGUGCGGAAUCAGCUGCGUCAGAGACUACGCUGCCAGAUAACUGCCACACCCACUCAGAUGGGUCUGUCCACUGCACCUAA